AAAAGGAAAAUGUCAGUGCCAGACAAGUUCUUUGGCCGUUAUCAGCUCGAUAAAAGCGAGAAUUUUGAUGAAUUUCUCUCCUCGAAAGGUGUCAACUGGUUCGUACGGCAAAUGAUCAAGUUGGCUGGACUCACUAAAAUUAUCUCACAAAAUCAAGAAGCUGGGAAGUACAACAUGGAAAAUCUAACUUCAAAAAAGAACACCAACUAUCAGGCAUGGGAACUUGGAAAAAAAUUCGAAGCUCCUGGAUUGGAUGGAAAUCAACAUGAGAUCACUUUCGACUUCAAAGAUGAAAUCCUUUCGGAGCAUCAUAUUCGCCUGAAUGAACCAGAAACCAGCGCAGAGACUUAUUUCUACACUAUCGACGAUCAAAAUCAACUGGUGAUGAGAAUGGAGAAUAAUGGAAUCGUCUGUCGCCGUUGGUUCAAGAGAGUCGAGCAGAAGUGAUCUGAAUGUUGAUUUGAUGCUUCUCUGUUAAUAGUUAAACCUUAUUUAUAUUAUUGUGAUUAUUUAUUGCUGUGCCUUUUUUGUUAAUUUUACAUUGAGGGUUUGCAUAAUUGUUUAAGUUUUUGAUGAAAAGUUUCAGCUGUUCC